AUGCCAAAAAACGAUCAGUUUAAGAUGAGAUCAAAAGAUUUAGUUGUAAAAACUCAACCAUCUAAGAAAAAAUCAAAUCCAAUUAUUAUUACGGUUAAUGUCGAACAUCCUCCGCCUUUGGAUGCGGAAUACUUCGUUUUAAAAAAACAAGGUCGUUGUUUGAAGUUUCCCAAUGCAUUUGUCUUUUAUCGGACCGCAUAUAACCAAACAUUGCGUAGUAAGGGGAUAAAGUUAUCUCAAAGCGAUGUUUCCGCGUCGGCCUCCACUGUUUGGAAUAGUCUUUCGGCAGAAAUUAAAAAUUUCUAUUUUAACUUCGCAUCUGACGUGCGUGAACGGUAUAUGUCGAGAUAUCCGGUCUCAUAUUAUCGAUGCGAAUAUAAGUCUGAAUCUAAGUCUAUUGUUACGUCAAAAGAUGAACCAAAAAAGUUGAAAAAAUACAAUUUUGUGUAUGAAAAUUACAAUCCAAAAGUCGUAAAGAAAAUUUCUUUUCAAGAAACUCAGCCAGCAAAAGUUGUUCCAUCUCAAUUGAACGAUACCAUUAAUCCAUCUGAUCAACCUAAUCAACCUAAUCUACCUGCUAAUGUGCCCUCUUUAAACGAAAAUAUUAUUACAGGACAGCCAUCACUCUUUAACGAAACUUAUGCCUUAUGGACUAGUUAUUCAAAUUUAUUUCAAUUGGAUACUAUGGAUUUGAAUCAUUCGUUUUCUUACAGCGAAAUUCACAACAAUAGUUUUGAAAAUGAAAACCAACAAUUC